AUGAGUUUGAAAAAUGUUUCAGAAUCCGUUAUUAGUGAUAAAAAUCAUUCAAGUAAGAACUCUAAUGAAAUUAAUGCAUGUGGGAAGUUGCUUCUUGAUAAUAAUCAAGAAAAUACUCAUCCUGGAAAGAAAUCUGAUGAACAUAACCAAGAUGGAAAAUCUCUAAGUCAUAAUAAGGACCCUACUGGGCAACAGAAAAUUCAGCCUCUGGGACCACCUGUUGAAUGUCAUGAAUGUGGGGCAGCUGUCCUUAGUGAGGCAGCCAUCAUCACACCUCAGAGGACCCAAACUGAAGAGAAGCCCCAGGAUUAUAAGGAACAGGGGGAAAAUACCAGUGACAAGUCAACCCUUAAAGUCCAGCAGGAAAUUCACACAAGGGAGAAUCAUUCUGAAGUUAAUGAGCGUGAGAAGUCAACCCUCUUUAAACAUCAGGAAGUUAACGUGGAGGAGGAAACCCACGAAUCAAAUGAAAAUGAGAAUAAUUCCAGCAAGAAGUCCCAUCUCACUCAACUUCAUAAAACUCACACGGGAGAGAGAACAUUUGAAUGCAGUCACUGCAAGAAAUCUUUUUACCAGGAAUCCCACCUCACUCAACAUCAGAAAACACACACAAGAGAGGAACCAUGUGAAAGUAAUAAAUGUGGGAAAACCUUCCAGAAAUCACAACCCACUGACCCUCAGAGAACCCACACAGGAGAGAAACCCCAUGAAUGUGAUAAAGCCCCUGGAAAGUCGGCCAUUACUGACCAGCAGAGGACACAGUCAGAAAAGAAGCUUCAUGUAUGUAAUGAAUGCAAGAAAUCUUUUCGUCAUAGCUCAGCCCUAAAGGUCCAUCAGAGAAUUCACACAGGAGAGAAGCCCUAUCAAUGUAAGGAUUGUGGGAAGUCCUUCUAUGCAAAAUCAAACUUCAGCCAUCAUCAGAGAACUCACACAGGGGAGAAACCAUACGACUGUAAGGAUUGUGGGAAAUCCUUCUGUGUGAAAUCAAACCUAACUAAGCAUCAGAAAACGCAUACAGGGGAGAAACCUUUCAAAUGCAAUGAAUGUGGGAAAACUUUCUCACAGAAGUCACAAUUUGCUGAUCAUCAGAGAACACACACAGGGGAGAAACCCUACAAAUGUACUGAGUGUGGAAAAUCCUUCUACUAUAAGUCAGCCCUACAAGUACAUCAGGGGAAGCAUACAGAAGAGAAACCCUAUAAAUGUACUGAAUGUGGGAAAUCCUUCUGCUAUAAGUCAGCCCUGAUUAUACAUCAAGUAUCCCAUACAAGAAAGAAACCCUAUGCCUGUAAUGAAUGUGGGAAAACCUUCUGUGUGAAGUCAAAUCUCACUAAACAUCAGAAAAUUCACACGGGAUUGAAACCCUAUGAGUGUAAUGAGUGUGGCAAAUCCUUCUCUAUGAAUUCAGUCCUCACUGUACAUCAAAGAACUCACAUGGGGGAGAAACCCUACGGGUACAAUGAAUGUGAGAAGUCCUUCUACAAAAAGUCGGCACUCACUAAACAUCAGAAAACUUACACAGGGGAGAAACCACACAAGUGUAAUGCAUGUGAGAAAGCCUUCCUUAUGAAGUCGACCCUCAUUAUACACCAGAGAACUCACACUGGGGAGAAACCUUUCAAAUGCAGUGAAUGUGAAAAGUCAUUCUAUGUGAAGUUGCUACUUAAUAUUCAUCAGAGAAAUCACACAGGAAAGAAACCCCAUGUAUGUAAAGAAUGUGGGAAAGCCUUUUCUAUGAAGUCAAACCUCACUGAUCAUCAGAAGACACACUCAGAAGAGAAACCCUACGAAUGUAAUGAAUGUCAGAAGACCUUUUGCCAUAAGUCAACCUUAACUGUACACCAGAGAACUCAUACAGGGGAGAAACCCUCUAAGUGUAAUGAAUGUGGGAAAGCCUUCUAUAUGAAGUCAGCCCUCAAUCAGCACCAGAGAAUACACACAGGGGAGAAACCUUACGAAUGUAAAGAAUGUGGUAAAACCUUUUCCCAAAAGUCACACCUCACUAAACAUCAGCGAACACACACACGGGAGAAACCUUACGAAUGUAAAGAAUGUGGGAAAAAUUUCUUCCAGAAGUCACACCUCAUUGAACAUCAGAGAACACACACUGGAGAGAAGCCCCAUGAAUGCAAUAAAUGUGGGAAAUCUUUCUGUUAUAAGUCAGCCCUAACCAUACAUCAGAGAACUCACACAGAGGAGAAACCUUAUAAAUGUAAUGAAUGUGAGAAGUCUUUCUGUAUGAAAUCACACCUCACUGUACAUCAGAGAACUCACACAGGGAAGAACCUCUUUGAAUGUAAUAAAUGUGGGAAAACGUUUUAUGUGAAGUCAAACCUCAUUAAUCAUCAGAGGACCCACACAGGGGAGAAGCCCUAUGAAUGUAAGAGAUGUGGGAAAUCCUUCUGUAUGAAGUCAACACUCAUGGUGCACCAGCGAACACAUGAGGGAGAAGCCCUAUGAAUGUAAUGAAUGUGGGAAAGCCUUCUGCAAGAAGUCAACUCUCUCUAAACAUGAGGUAAUUCACACGAGAGAUACCCAAAGU